AUCAAGUGUUCUGCAUCUCCACUGACGUCGCUGUGACUUUCUUCUAGCUCUGCAGCUAUUGGAUGAAGCGCAGGCAGGAGUCCGGAUGCUGAAAGCCCAGCUGGGUAACGUCAGUGCAGCGUAUGGAGAAAUCCAGAUCCGUCUGGACAACGUCAGUGCAGCGUAUGAAGAAAUCCAGAUCCGGCUGGACAACGUCAGUGCAGCGCGAACAGCAGUGCAAGGUCGCUACAGUGACGUGCUGACAAAGCUCUCCAGCGGCUGGAGGUUUUACGGUGGGAACUUUUAUUACUUUUCACAAGAAAGGAAGUCGUGGGAGGAGGCCGAGCGGUUCUGUGUGUCUCAGGACUCGCACCUGACCUCUGUCUCCUCCCAGGCGGAACAGGAGUUUCUCUCCAGCGAGACCAAGGGACAAGAUCACUGGAUUGGACUCACCGACCGGGAGACAGAGGGCAGCUGGCGCUGGGCGGACGGAACAGAAUACAGAGCAGACGCAAGCAGGGGGUUCUGGGCGCAGAAUGAGCCAGACAAUUACGAUCCGAAGAAAGAUGGUGGAGAAGACUGUGUUCACACCGAGCCAAGAAAGCAGAAUUUGUGGAAUGAUGCCAACUGCACUCAGCCUUUCAGGUGGAUUUGUAAGUAGGCCCAUGGACCGGCUGGGCUGUGACAUGCAGGUCAAAAAGCACUUUAAUUUUCAAGCUAGAAUAUUUCCCAGCCACCUGCUGGUGAGGAGCCCUUUACACUGGAGGGGCCGCAUGGGACUGGCAUUGCAGGGGGAUCCCCCAGGAGGAAUCCUGUAUGGACCAGCCUGAAUUCCUCCUAGUGGCUUCUAGGGAGCACGUGGCAAAGGACUUUCUUCACCAGCCUCUGGGAGGGUGUGGUGAGCUCCCAGCUCACUUCCACCUACCGCCCAGGGAGCUGCCAGCAAGGAGCAAGAACGGCAUUUCCCCAUGA